CUCGUACAUCCAGUGACGGUGCUACUGCUGGCAUUCUGCACGCAGCUCAUAUUCGGCUUUCCGGGAAACCCGAGAUCACCUCGGUGUGACCAUCUCUACACACCACGUCCAAUAUGAGGCCACAGCUCCUCUUCACCCUCGCCCUGGUCCUCUUCCCGCUCGCCUCGUCUUCCACCUCGUCCCUAUCUUCAUCACACCCAGUUCCGAGAAACUACGAUACCCACCACUACUAUUCCCUCGAAACCUCGCCUCAUACGACACCCGAACAAGCGAAGAAAUUGGCCAGCGAGGUCGGAGCGGAAUGGGUCGAACGGAUAGGUCAGUUGGAUGGGCAUUGGUUGGUCCGUAGCGAGAAGGAGUGGGCAACAAGACGGGAUGAACUCGGCGAGAGUCUUGAACAUGCGGUGAUCAGGCGUUGGAAGGAGAAGGAACGGAGAUCCAAGUCGAUGGGACUAAGACGGAAAGGCCACGGUCUGAAGGGUCGGUCAGGGCCUGGUCAUGAUGUUCCCAGUACCACCCGGAUCAAGGACAUCUCCCACCUCCCCAUUCGUCAACGUGUUAAACGACAACAUUCCCCAUCUCCAGUGACCUCCGACCCGCCUCAAAACCUCACUGAACUCAAUUACGUCCAGACGCAACUUGGGCUCGCCGACCCUCUCCUUCCUUCUCAAUGGCACUUGGUGAACACCCAGUUGCCCGAAGUAGAGUUGAACGUUACCGGGGCCUGGGGGGAGGGGAUUACAGGACAGGGGGUGACGGUAGCUAUCAUCGACGAUGGGCUGGAUAUGGAUAGCGACGAUCUGGCUGGAAACUUUUUUGCAGAAGGUUCCUACGAUUUCAACGACCACGACCCCUUGCCCCGCCCUCGUCUUUCCGAUGACCAGCACGGGACUCGUUGUGCCGGAGAGAUCGCCGCGAUUCCCAACGAUGUCUGCGGAGUAGGUGUCGCUUACCGUAGCAAGAUCUCGGGGAUCCGGAUCCUUUCGGCUCCGAUCUCUGAUGCCGACGAGGCCGCGGCGCUCAACUACGAGUUUCAGAAGAACGACGUCUAUUCCUGUUCCUGGGGACCACCCGACGAUGGGAAAUCCAUGGACGCUCCGGAAGGUCUGAUCUUGAAGGCCAUGGUCAACGGGGUCCAGAGGGGACGAGGGGGCAAGGGGAGCGUCUUCGUCUUUGCAGCCGGAAACGGGGGUGGACUGGACGACCAGUGCAACUUUGAUGGGUAUACCAACUCGAUCUUUAGCUUGACGAUCGGGGCGGUGGACAGGAAGGGGCUUCACCCUUAUUACUCGGAAAUGUGCGCGGCGAUGAUGGUCGUCGCGCCGUCUUCUGGGAGCGGGGAUCACAUCCACACGACGGAUGUCGGGAAACGUUCCUGCACUUCGGCUCAUGGUGGAACGUCCGCCGCAGCUCCUUUAGCCGGAGGAGUGGUCGCCCUCGCCCUUCAAGUCCGACCGGAACUAUCGUGGCGGGACGUGCAACACGUCCUGAUCCACACGGCCGUCCAUUUCAACCCGGAAGAUCCGGAUUGGGAGAAGACGGCCAGCGGGAGGUGGUUCAGCUACAAGUAUGGGUAUGGGAGGAUCGACGCAGGAAGGGUUGUAGAGGAGGCGAGGAAGUGGGAGUUGAGGAAACCGCAGGCUUGGUUUGAUUCGCCGGCGAUCUUUUUGGGGGAGAGGGAGAGGCCCGUUACGCCGACGGACGACGAUCAGGACGAGGGGCAGGACGAACAAGGGGAAGACGAGCAGGGGGAACAAGCGGAGAAGAGGCAAGAGGCUGAUUUGGGGGUGGACGAAGACGACGGAGCACCGACGGUCGCGACUCCGGAUCAGACGACGAACGAGACGGACCCGAUCGCCAUCGAGACUCCUACCGUUCAAGCCGGUCUGCUCAUCACCGAAUCGGGCAUCGAAUCCUCUUACGAAGUCACCCAAGACAUGCUGGACGAUUUCAACUUUGAGACGCUCGAACACGUCACUUGCCGGGUCUGGAUCGAUCAUCAGCGGAGAGGAGACGUCGAGGUCGAAUUGACGAGCCCGAAUGGUAUUAGGAGCGUUUUGGCCAGGCAGAGGAGGUUUGACGAGGAUGCGAACGGGUUGCAAGGGUGGAAGUUCAUGUCGAUGAAACAUUGGGGCGAGGACCCGGUGGGUAUCUGGAAGAUCCAUGUCAAGGACAUGGUGAAUCCGGACAAGGUGGGGUAUUUCAAGAGCUGGAGUCUACAGCUCUGGGGAGAAGUCGUCGAUCCGGCCAAGGCCAAACACUGGAGUCCGGCCGAAUUCGGCGAAUCGGACGAGGAACAGACCGGGUCCAAACCUAGCGGGACCGUCUCGCAAAAGCCUAAACCGACGGACCAUCUCCCUGACGACCAUGGGAGCGCCGAGGGGGAAGCUCAUGAGCCCGGGUUGGCACAUACUAAACCGACGAGCGAGCCCGACGUCGUUACCGGACCUGGGGCUGACGAGGCGGUCGUCAAUGAGGAUGGAAGCAUCGACUAUGGCUCGGACAAGGAGAGCUGGUACGACUCGGGAGUGCAUGCCGUCAAGGAGCACAAGACUUGGUUGGCGGGAGGCGGGGGAGUGUUCCUCUUGGCCAUCAUCGCGGCCGGUGGGAUCUUUUGGUUCAUGCGGGUCCGACGCAAGAACAAGAUGAUGCAAGAACUCUCGGUAGAGCGGGGUCAGUACGCGCCGGUCGCGGAAGAGGUACCUAUGGGCGUCUUGGGGUCGAGGAACCGCAGGUCGACAGAACCGGGUAGUAAGGACCUGUACGACGCCUUUGCGGAGAACGACCUGACCGAGGACGAAGAUGACGACGAGGACGAUGAGCGGCGUGGGCUCAAGUAUCACGACGAUUUCCUCGAGGAUGGGGACGAUGACGACAAGCCGUCAGGGAGCGGGAGCGGGGGCUACCGGGAUGAGGGCAAACGGACAUCUCCAGAGCAAGGGAGUAGCAGUACAUCGUCCUGGCAGGAUGCCGACCCUCGAGCGAGGUCGCCGGCAGGAUUACGCUAGCGAUUUCUUCUUGAUUUGGCUGUGAACGGUGUACCUUGUGUUUGUCAGCGUGCGAUGCAUCCUUAUAGAUUUGUCCGGAUACCAUGUCAUCGCUCCAUGCUACCUUCUCCUGGAGGACGAUCAAAGGAUGAGGUUGAAUGAUGCCGUGCCGUACGUCGUCAUUCGAGUUCGGUCACCGCGCGGAAGGGACCAACGGACGUCGAUCGUAAUAUGG